CUCGACAUUCAUUCGUUCCCACUUUCAGUUUCAGUUUCACCCAAUCGAUCCAACCAUGGCCGUCGGAACUGCGCUCCUCUCCUUCCUGACGCUCGCCAUUCUCACCUCCCCGGCCCUGCCGGAGCGCGACGACGGCCUCUUAGUCGAAGUCGACCUCACAGCGAAAUUGAAACCAAAAAUCAGCCACUUCCGGCUGUACUGGCACGAUGUCAUAAGCGGCCGGAACCCUACCUCAGUCCCCAUCGUGAAGUCGCCGACGAAGACCGGGUUCGGGCAGGUCAACAUAAUCGAUAACCCGCUAACACUCGGGCCGGACCUCGGGUCGAAGCGGGUCGGGCAGGCGCAGGGAUUCUACGCGAUGGCGUCGCAGGAGGAGCUCGGCCUCCUGAUGUCGAUGAAUUUGGCGUUCGAUUACGGCAAAUACAACGGCAGCACGCUGACGAUCCUGGGGAGGAAUCCGGUGAUGAACAAGGUCAGGGAGAUGCCGGUCGUCGGCGGCAGCGGCCUCUUCAGAUUCGCACGUGGCUACGCCCAGGCACGUACCAACCGGUUCGAUCUCAAAACCGGGGACGCUACUGUUGAGUAUAAUAUUUACGUCAUGCAUUAUUAAUUUAUUAUUAUUGAAUUUAAAUUAUCGUCACUGCCACUUUGUUAACUGCUAGUAUUUAUUUUAUCUUAUCAGUUUUAUUUUUAUUCU